GCGGCGGACCCGGGGAGGAGAGCAGCGGCGGGGUCCGGGGAGGAGAGCAGCGGUGGGGCCCGGGGAGAGCAGCGGCGGGCCCGGGGAGAGCAGCGGCGGGCCCGGCCCGGGGAGCCCAGCGCCGCCCCAGCAGCGACGAGCGCUCAGGAGCCACUCCAGGCAUGACUGGCAGGCUGCUCUGCUGCUCCUGUGCCCCAGCACUUGCUGCCCUCUGAUUUCAGAUCACCAACACCAGAAGUCAGUCACACAACCUGCGGUGAGGAGCCCAAAGCAAGCUGCCUCUCCAGAGCCCUGGACAGCACCAGCCCCUCCCUGCCACCUUCUCAAGAUGCGUUAGGAAAACCUGAUCCAGUGCCAAACCCAAACCAUCUCCAGGCCUCUCCCAUGACUGUCUCCGAGCCGCUCUUGGAUACUUUGGGAUUUACAGCCGUGGUGUGAGGAGUAGAGUGUCCACUCCCACUGCUCCCUGCCACCCCCCUGGCAGAGGUUGGUGACUUAAGAUCAUGGACCAUCCUGGUAGGGAAAAGGAUGAGAGGCAGAGGACAACCAAAGGGAUGCCAGGAAGGAGCGGCCACGGCUCUCGCCCCAGCUCUUCGGCGUCUUCUGGCGUCCUCAUGGUGGGACCCAACUUCAGAGUGGGCAAGAAGAUUGGCUGUGGGAACUUUGGAGAGCUCAGACUAGGGAAGAAUCUCUACACCAACGAAUAUGUAGCGAUCAAACUGGAGCCAAUCAAAUCCCGAGCACCACAGCUUCACCUCGAGUACAGGUUCUACAAGCAGCUGGGCAGUGCAGCUGAAGGCCUGCCCCAGGUGUACUACUUUGGGCCCUGUGGGAAGUACAAUGCCAUGGUGCUGGAGCUGCUUGGCCCUAGCCUGGAGGAUCUGUUCGACCUCUGCGACAGGACCUUCACGCUGAAGACGGUGCUGAUGAUUGCCAUCCAGCUGAUCUCCAGGAUGGAGUAUGUGCACUCCAAGAACCUGAUCUACCGCGACGUGAAGCCAGAGAACUUCCUGAUCGGGCGGCAGGGCAACAAGAAGGAGCACAUCAUCCACAUCAUCGACUUCGGCCUGGCCAAGGAGUACAUCGACCCCGAGACCAAAAAACACAUCCCCUACCGCGAGCACAAGAGCCUGACGGGCACGGCCAGAUACAUGUCCAUCAACACACACCUUGGCAAAGAGCAAAGCCGCCGUGACGACCUGGAGGCCCUGGGCCACAUGUUCAUGUAUUUCCUGCGCGGCAGCCUGCCCUGGCAAGGACUGAAGGCUGACACCUUGAAAGAGAGGUAUCAGAAGAUUGGGGACACAAAGAGGAACACUCCAGUUGAAGUUCUCUGUGAGAACUUUCCAGAGGAGAUGGCAACCUACCUGCGCUACGUGCGGCGCUUGGACUUCUUCGAGCGGCCAGACUACGACUACCUGCGCACCAUCUUCACCGAGCUCUUCGAGAAGAAAGGCUACACCUUCGACUACGCCUACGACUGGGUUGGCAGGCCCAUUCCUACUCCGGUGGGAUCUGUGCACGUGGACUCCGGGACAUCUGCGGUGACAAGAGACAGCCACGGCCACAGGGACCGCCCCUCGCAGCAGGCGCUCCGCAAUCAGGCGUCCGACCGCCGCGGGGAGUGGGAGAUCCAGCCCAGCCGGCAGACCAACACCUCCUACCUGACCUCCCACCUGGCUGCCGACCGGCACGGCGGAUCCGUACAGGUGGUCAGCUCGACCAACGGGGAGCUGAACGUGGACGACCCGACGGGAGCCCACUCGAACGCACCCAUAACCGCGCAGGCCGAGGUGGAGGUGGUGGAGGAAGCUAACUGCCUGAAAAUGCUCAACUUGUGGUGCUGCUGCUUCUUUAAGAGGAAACGGAAGAAGACAGCUCAGCGCCGCAAGUGACCUCCUGGGCCCUGCAGGGACCGCCGUGCCUGCAGCUCCUGCCCUGUCUCACUGGAAGGGCCUUCUCUGUAGGAGGGAGGAGGAGGAGGUAGAGGAGGAAGAGAGAACGGAAAAAAAAAAAAGGAGAGGAAAGAAAAAGUUUAAAAGUGACAUUUUAAACCAAAAACAGAAGAAAACGUUCCAAAACAAACCACUCGGGGAGGGACCUGCUGAACGGUCUCCCUCGUUCACUCCAAGCCUGAAGCUCCUUUUGGGACCAGGACUGUGGCUGGCUCAGGUCUUGGUGGCGCCGGGGGGGGCUGGCUGGCUGACCCCCCCUGCCCUUGUUUACGGUGAAGGCAUCGCUCAUGCGGACCUGAGCAGUGCGCUUAGUGCUGCUCACUUCCCCGCCCGCCCCUGCUCUCCGCUCCUCUGGCCUCCUCCCUCCCUACCCACGCGAAGAAUCUCAUGGUGGGCUCCAGUGGUUGUCAGGAGGGGCAGGAGGCUGGCACGGGAGAAGGGCCCGGCUGCUGCAGCUGUAAGGACAGGUUCCCUUUGGGGCUCCUCGGGAACAGCGACACUGUAAGGUGCAAGCUGUGAGACAUUUGCAAUCUACUGUUCCACUUAGGGUUCUUUUUCUGUUGGGUUUUUUCCCCCUCCUGUUCCCGGGCUCCCUUGGCACCUCCGUCCCCUGCCAGGACCAGAGCAGUGUGGAUUGUGUCCCAGAAGCCGAUGUCGUUGCACUUUUAAUCCGCUUUAGCGUUCACAGCUGCACGUCUGCCCGCGGAGUGCUGUGUGAGGCCGGCAGCCGUGGCAGGGUGCGGAGGGCAUCACCGUGCUCCCCAUGCCAGUCCGGGUGCCCCCUGUGCGCGGAGGGAAGCAUACUUGAAUUUCCAGCCGCCCUCCCCAGCUGCCGGUGAAUGUCCCCACGGUGGUGUCCUGCGCCCGGCCUGCCCCUGCCAGCUGGAGCAGCCAGGCCGUGACCAGCAGCGGCAGGAGGAAGCAGUUCGUGCUGGCUGGAGAGGUAGAUCUGAGUAAGGUCACCGGGAGGCCUGCCAAAGCGAAGGUGUUUCUGGGUGUGGGCAACGAGGCCCCUCCGGUGGGGUGGUCGUGAACCCUCUGUUAGAAAGCAUUAGCAGGAGGGAAGCUUCCUCAGCAGGGGAGAGGAUACUUGACUGCCUUAACACUGAUUUCAUCUCCAGAUGGUCAGACAGGACUGACUGGAAUCACCUUCCCGUCCCCUUGCCCGCCCGCCAGAGGAGCCGCACGUCCCGCACGCCCUGCUACCCUGCUCCCGCCGCGCUGGCAGCUAGCAAAGGGCUCAGGAGAUCUUGCGGCCUGCUGCUGCAGCCUGGCCAAAGCGGGAGGAGGCUGAGGGCUGCCCCAGGCUGUCAGGAGUGUGGUAGGGCUAUGGGAGAGCUCCAGCGCCUUUGGGGAGAGUGCAGAUAGGUUCCUUGUAUUUCGUCUUUCCCUGCGCGAUGCGUGACCAGGCUGGGAUUGUUUGCUCAGGGGACUGCUUGGCCUGGCUCAUCCCCAGAACCCCUGUGAGGAAAGGGAGUGACUGACCUCGUGGUCUGCUGUAGCUCAGAGUGACAGUCUGCAUAGCUUGGAGCAGCAUUCCCAGGAGCUUUGUCCCCUGGCUGGGCAGGAGCAGGCCUAGAGGGCAGAAGAUCAUCCCCUGGCAGGAGGCUCUGGGCUUGCUCCUGGUGCAUCCCUAGAGCAGGCAGAUGCUGGCGUGGUGCUGGCGACAGCAAAGCUUCGCCCCCAGGCUGGGAUCCCCUUAAGGCUUACUCUUUGUCGUUCUCCACCGCGUCUCCUCCAUGCCUUAUCCCGAGGGACGCUGCUGGGAGCGCAGAGCCCGCCAGAAGCCACCUGUGCCCUGCUGUGCCUUCUGCACAGCGCUCCCGAGCCCUGCCCCGCGCCGGCACACGCAGGCACCUGCCAGGACAGGGACAGCGGCCGUGUUCCAUCACCCUUUUUCCCAGCUCCUCCACUGCCUGCGGCUCCCAGAAGCCUGGCCGGUGGCUCUGUCGCAGGCGCUCUCCCUCUCUGCUACAGGAAACCAUGGUUUGGUGUCUUGGGAGGGAGAGGAAAGGGCUCAGGCGCUCCCCCAGGAGUGGUCCUGCCCGCUGCAGUCAGAGCCGGGCCCUCAGACACUUCUGUCGCUGCCCUCCCGAGCCCCACUAAGUGCCUGUCACCAGAACUCGAUUCCUUCUGCAUCUCCUGCCGCCUUCGGUCCUUCCCGGCUGCCUCCGGCGGGUAGGAAGCAGCUGUGGUCGCAGCCUCUGUGAGUGUGCGCAGGGCGAGGGAGGGCGGGGGGCACAGGGGCCAUCUCAACAGGUUUUGUUCUUAAAUGUUUUUGUUUCGUUUCUGUUUCGUUUCUGUUUUUUUAAGUGAAUGUAUUUGAUUGUUUAGAACCUCUCUUGACCUUGUUUUUAAGUGGGUUGGUCCAGGGGCUCGCUUUCAGGGUGACCCAGCCCCGGUGUUGUUUUUUGGCCGCGGUGAUGCGUUGGCAGGGGAGGACUGGCCCCCACAGCAUGCUGCGAAUGCUCACUUGUACUGGAAUCGGACGUUGGACUCUUCAAAAAAACAAACAAAACCACAAAGGGGCAAA